AUUUGUCAAUUAUACAUACAAAAACAAUUGAAUUACUAUAUCCCUUUCUCUUUCCAUAUGAUCUCUGAAUUAGUUUUGUGAUCUCCGGCCUCCGUUGGCGAUCUCCGGCCACCGUUGACGAUAUGCUUUUCUAAGGUCUUGAAUUUGAAUGCUAGGUUUCCGUCUGCUUCCACGUCUUCCUCCGCAUCUUACUUGAAACGUCGCCAAAUUUCCUGCCGUAUCUCCGUUCCAUAGAUUGCUCGGAGGUGUCGUUAUUCGGUUGUGCUCUACUGCUAUUCCAAGACUAGAGGAAUGGCUGAGAAAGUGAAGGAAAAUGUGGCGAAAGUCUCUGUUGUAGCUUCUGGCUCUGCUUCAGAGAAGAGCGAGCUCGGACAUUCACGUGUAUUUAUUGAUAUCCGAACUGAACAAGAUCUUCUUUCUGGAAUUAGAAGUGAAAAGGAAAGUGGAAAGCUUCCUGCAAAUAUUGCUCAAGGAAUGGAAGAACUUUACCAGAAUUACCGAAAUGCGGUUUUCCAAAGUGGUAUUCCCAAUGCAGAAGAGAUUGUUCUCUCCAACAUGUCUGUAGCCCUUGAUAGAGUUUACAAGGAUGUGGAGGAUCCUUUUCACUUCUCACCCUAUCACAAAGCCAUAAGGGAACCAUUUGACUACUACAUGUUUGGACAAAAUUAUAUCCGUCCAUUGAUCGAUUUCCGGAACACAUUCAUUGGCAACAUCUCUCUUUUUAGUGAAAUAGAAGAUAACAUUCGGAAGGGCCACAAUGUUAUACUGAUGUCUAACCAUCAAUCAGAGGCAGAUCCGGCCAUUAUUGCUUUGUUACUUGAAGCGACACAUCCAUAUAUUUCUGAGAACACGAUAUAUGUGGCAGGUGACAGAGUGAUAACUGAUCCUCUUUCCAAGCCCUUCAGCAUUGGAAGGAAUCUCUUGUGUGUGUAUUCCAAAAAACAUAUGUUCGAUGUUCCUGAACUUGCUGAAACAAAGAAAAUAGCAAAUACAAAAAGUUUGAAGGAAAUGGCUGUGCUUGUGAGGGGCGGAUCAAAGAUAAUUUGGAUAGCACCAAGUGGCGGAAGGGAUCGCCCUGACCCUACCACAAAUGAAAUGCACCCGGCACCCUUUGAGAUUUCUUCAGUAGACAAUAUGAGAAGGCUGAUUGAGCAUGCUGGUGUUCCUGGUCAUAUUUACCCCUUGUCUAUAUUAUGCUAUGAUAUCAUGCCUCCUCCUCCUAAGGUCGAGAAAAAAAUUGGAGAGAUUAGAAAUAUUAAAUUCUUUGGAGCUGGAGUGUCAGUAGCACCUGAAAUCAAUUUGGAUGCAAUCACAGCUAGCACUGGGAAACCCGAAGAGGUUAAGGAAGCUUAUUGCAAAGCACUGUACAAUUCAGUGGUGGAGCAAUACGGAGUGCUAAACCGUGCCAUACAUGGGAAGAAAGGACUGGAAGCAUCGGUUACCAAUGUCUCCUUAUCACAACCGUGGGACAAGACUGCCUGUUUAAAAUAAUAAUAACCAUUAUUUAUAAAGCCGUCUCAGUUCAAUGAGAUCCAGCAGCUUCAACUUCAUGGAAUAUAUACUAUUUUUUGGUUGUCCCCCCCCUUUUUUUUUUUUUUUUCACACGUGCAUAAGAUUACAGCCUCGUCGCGAUACUCACUUGUAAAGUCCAACUAACCAGGGCAUUUGCGAGUAUUUUACUUCUUAUUUUAAUUAUCCAAUUGUUUUGGGUAAUCCUGAUUAUUUUUCCUAUUGAUAAUGAUAAUAUAGCAAAGAACUAUUUUAAAGUUUUGCUGUAACAUUCAUUGAGCUUUAAUGUAAAACUCUCACAUUUUCAGUUAAUUUUACUAAUU